AUGGUAUGGUCACUGUUAGCUUGUUCACUGCUUUUACGACUAUUGCUACUAUCAGUAGAGACUACAGAUAGUGUAUCAGUCAUAAUCGGUUCCACAGAUUGUUACCUGGUUGCAGAAGAUGAGAAAUUACCUUGUUGCAAAGAGUCAUUGGGUAUAGCGUCAUAUGCAUUACUGAAUAUGUUUCACUGCUUUGCGGGUUCAGAAUCUCAUCGAUGA